GUACUUUGGAGCGACAUGCUGGAUUGAACAUUUUCUGCUCUGAGGCAUAGCUGACAGGAUAUCUGACAGGCAUGGCUGGAGUCUUCCUUACCCUGAUCCUCUGGUCACUGGUGUUGGAGCCAACCUGUGGAGCCUCAGUGUUCCUGCCCCGGAGCAUGGCGGACACAGUCCUGAGGAGGCAGAAGCGCUAUAACACUGGGAUGUUCGAGGAGGUCAGACAGGGGGACCUGGAGAGGGAGUGCCUGGAGGAGCGGUGUGAACUGGAGGAGGCGAGGGAGGUGUUUGAGGACCCGGAGAAGACGAUGGCGUUCUGGGUCACUUAUAUAGAGCUGCGCUGUCUUUCAGAUUCCAACCAAUGCCUGUCCUCCCCCUGCCAGAACGGAGGCCAGUGCAAAGACGCCGUGAGCUCCUACGUGUGCUCCUGUCCCUCCGGGUUCACAGGGCGACACUGUGAGAUCGAGACGGUGAGGCAGUGUGAAGUGCAGAACGGGGGCUGCACACACUUCUGUGAGACGCACCCGGAGGACGGGCGGGUGUGCGGCUGUGCGGACGGGUACAGGCUGGCCGAGGACGGCAUGGACUGCGAGGCUGAAGGAAAGUACGCUUGUGGCAGACCCAUUAAGACACCGUUCCCUGUGCUCUCCCGAUCCCUGCUUCCACUGAACCUCAGCCACCCUUCCCACAACACCACUGAACCGCCCCUCAACGCGACUGAACCACCGCUGAACAUCACGGAACCACCCCUCAACACCACUGAAUUGCCCCUGAAUACCACUGAACUGCCCCUGAGUACCACUGAACUUCCCCUCAGCACCAGCACCGGAGGCCCCCCCACCAGGGCCUCUACCCUGAGCCCCCUCGUCCACAGGCUGCUGCCCCCGUGGGUCGUUUCUCCCGCCCCGCCCGUCAUCACCGGCCAGCACAAUAUAGACCAGCGCAUUAUCGGGGGCUACGAGGUGGUCCAAGGGGAGAUCCCCUGGCAGGUGGCGCUGGUGGACGGGCCCUCUCAGGUGGUGUACUGCGGGGGCUCCAUCCUGAGUGAGUUCUGGGUGAUCACAGCCGCCCACUGCCUGGUGGAGGGCAAGGUGGGGUCGCUCAUCGUCAGAGCGGGGGAGCACAACAUCCUCUACACGGACGGGCUGGAGCAGGACCACAAGGUGGCCGAGCAGCUCCUGCACCCGUACUACAACCCGCAGAUGAGCCUGUACAACCACGACGUGGCCCUGCUGCGCCUGGCCACGCCCGUCCGCUUCGGCGACUACGCCCUGCCCAUCUGCCUGGGGCCCAAGGGCUUCACGGAGGAGCUGGUGGAGGCGGGGCCCCCGGCCACGGUCAGCGGCUGGGGCCGGGUGCGCUUCCAGGGGGCCGAGUCCACCGUGCUGCAGAAGGUGGAGGUGCCGUUCGUGGACCGCACCGAGUGCACGGACAGCAGCAGCGAGCGGAUCUCGCGCUACAUGUUCUGCGCCGGGUACUCGCUGCGGGAGAAGGACUCCUGCCAGGGCGACAGCGGCGGUCCCCACGCCAACCGUUACCGCGGCACCUGGUUCCUCACCGGCAUCGUCAGCUGGGGCGAGGAGUGCGCCAAGGAGGGGAAGUACGGGGUGUACACGCGCGUGUCGCACUACUACCGCUGGAUCCGCCACGUCACCGGCCUGGCCAAGGAGGCGCUCACGGACAGCCACCCCGACAGCUAAACGCCUGACCUCUGACCCUCGGUGACCCCCGGCGGACCGGCCAAACCACGAGAGAGGAGACGGCAUAUUUAUUUGGCGGUAUUGGCCAUUAUGGAGGACCCACACUAAAAGUCUUGAGUAUGAAUUCAGUGUAUUUUAAUGACGGACUGAUCUAUCAGUAGGGCCCUACUCUUGGUAUAAAUGCUGUCAUUUGUUAAAUAACAGUAUGCACGGGUAGUGCUGUACUUAGUCAUAACGUUGAAUGAGGUUUGAAAAUCCUAGAAGAUGCAAAGCUGUUACACCAUAGGCUACAUUUGGAACUUGUGGAUAUGUUCACUAUUGGAUGAAGUACACACAGCUUACCUGCAACUGUAGUCAAUCAAUUGGCAUUUGGUUUACAAGCAAUACUUUUUAAUGUACAGACAACCAGGAGUGUUGAAAUGCAAAUCACUAAAUCAA